AUGCCCCCAAUCUUGCGAGGCAUAAAAAUACACAAGAAGACUAUAUUUCCAAGCUCUUCUGACAACUCAUCUCGUAUCCCACGCCUGAAUUACCGGGUACAGCCCGAGGAGUUACGCAUAAAAGGUAUUCCGAAAAAUCAAAGUCGUAGUCCUAAAAGUGUUUUGUACUCCGUGUACUUGCGUUUGAAAGCGUUCCAUAUUUAUAAAGCGUUUGAAAGAAGUGAGACGAUCGCGAGUAAUAUCCACGUUUCCAGACAUCUAAACUCUACCAAGAUGUCAUGUCCUACAGAACUGUCAAACUAUCAAGAUCUAAGCUCUACAUUCAAAGGCACCGCUGCAGCAUUCUUAUAUGGCACUUGCUCCGUCUCUAUGGCAUUCAUAAAUAAAACAUUAAUGACCACAUUUGAAUUUGACUUUCCUGUCUUCAUCAUGGUCAUGCAAAUGCUUUUCACAAUCUGUGUCUUAGAACUUCUCAGCAUUUUAAACCUGAUACAAUUACCUAAAUACACACUGCAACGUGGUAAGAUGUUUUCUCUUCCAGCUUUGUUUUAUGGUGUGAAUUCCAUUUUGGGACUCAAUGCUCUGGGUUAUAUGAAUGUUGCAAUGUAUGGAGUGUUAAAACGAUGUGUACCAUUGGCAACAAUGUUUCUUUCUGUGCUGAUUUUGAAAAAGGGCUUCCCUUCCAGACCUACCAUUGCUGCAGUACUCCUCAUCACUGGAGGAUGUGUUAUAGCAAGCUAUGGUGACCUGAAGUUUACUGUGUAUGCAUACACUUGUGGUGCCUUAAGUAAUUUGACCCACUCACUGUACCUGCUGCUUGUUCAGAAAGUCACAGAAAAGGACUUGAGUACUGUUGAAACCCUACAGCUCAACAGCUUCAACACUCUACCUUUCCUUGCUGCAUACAGUGUUUUCAGUGGUGAGUUUAAUGAGGUGAUGCAAUAUGACCAAGCCAAGAACAUAUCCUUCAUGAUGCUGUUUUUUGUGACUAUAAGUAUAGGGUGUAUGCUAAACUACUCGCUGUUUUUAUGUACAAGUUUAACGUCAGCAUUAACUACAAGUGUUGUUGGUGGGGUGAAAGCUCUGACGCAGACAGUGUUUGGGAUGUUUACAUUUGGCGGUAUCAGUCACAACAUGUCAACAUACAUUGGAAUCACAAUCAACACCAUGGGAAGUAUAAUGUAUCUGUAUACUAAAUACAGGGAAGGCAAACAACGAGUAAGUAUGGGCGGAGCACUACACAAAGUCAUCAGUGUAUCAACUGCUGAAGAUUUCAAAGAACUUGCUAAUGGAAAAAUCAAUGGGAAUGGAAACAUUCAAUAUUUAAAAGAAGCACUAAGCCCUAAACUGCAUCCUAUAAAAGAGGAAUACUCUGACCAUGGUUCAACAACAGAUUCUUCAAGGCCUUCUUCAUUAGGUUCCUCUACUCCUACGACAGCCAAAUUUUCAAGUUUGAAGAGGAUGAAGAGAGCAAGACAAGAUGACCUUGAGGAAGAAUUGUUACAAUUGGAAAUAAAAAGAGUGAAAAUGGAGAUAGAACUGCUUGCCAUGAAGAAAGAGAAAACUAGAAUAAAGAUAGAAAAUGCCAAAGAACAGCAAGCUAUUAUUAAAAGCCAGUUUGAGACCAUUCAACUGUAUGAUCUUCAUCAAGAGUCUUAA